AGUAGAAAUGGAGUUUCCAGGACAUAGUCAGCAGCUCUUGGCAAGCCUGCGCUCUCAGCGUCUGCAAGGUUUCCUAUGUGACUGCACCGUGCAGGUCGGCUUGACUCAUUUCAGAGCCCAUCGUGCCGUGUUGGCCUCUUUCUCCCCUUUUUUCCAUAUGUUUUACUCCGAUCAGUCAAUGGGCAAUACCAGCACAAUCAACGGAGGGCCACAGAGAGACACAGUCACUAUUAAUGGAGAUAUCGUGACCCCACAAGCCUUUGGACUCCUCCUUGAUUUCAUGUACGAAGGGGUUCUGUGGUUAUCAGCCCACCCCCCUCCAGAGGACGUGCUCGCCGCAGCCAGCUUCCUACAUAUGAACGACGUGGUGCGAGUUUGUAAGAGAAGACUUCAGGGACGAGGAUUGGCCGAGGCGGAUAGUACAAGAGUAGAAGUCGGAGCAAAUGAGUCCGCUAAGCCUGGAGAACUUGAUGGCUCGAAUGGAGAAGACAUACCCGGUGCAGAAACAGGAAGAGAUGGAGCAGCAGCACACUGUCUUCAGUCGAGUCAACAGAUGUCACUUUAUAUUGAUACCAAGUCUGAAACACAAGCAGGGAUGGCUAAUCUCCUCACGCACAGCACAGAGAGAUCAGAAAUGGCAGACACGACUCAACCAGGAAUGGACUCGCAACCAGCCUUUAGUAACUCUUGUUCAGGUGCUUCCACAUAUCGUUCUGCACCUAGACCUGACAAGACAAGAACAUCGGCACGGUCUGCAAGCCUCGAGUCGGCACUUUCAAGUCCAUGUAGUACAACAGAACUAAUUCAGACAGAAACACAUCCUGUUGUAACCACUGCCGUGGCUCUGAGCAGUCUGGACAAUGCUAGUGCUGCCCAAGAACAUGAACCUAGCGUUUUCAUUCAGGUACAAACACUAAAACCCCAAAUCCAGAAUAAAGGUGCAGGAAAUCCAGGGUCUUCACAACACACUGAGAGUCAGAAUGGAAGGAGACAUGAGUACUCUUUGCCCAAAACAAGGAGCAUGCAAAGUAAGCGUGAAAAAUCUCUUUCGCAACCACCAAGAGAGGAAAAUGAAGAUCGCUUUAAAGUGAAGGUGGAGGCCAUUGUGAUUUCUGACGAAGAGUCUGAUGAUGUAGACGAGACUGUGGUCACGGAUGACGGCCCGUGUAGAAGUGAAGAUAUAGAUCAUGUGGAUGAUUAUAAUGACAGCAACCAUGAUGUUGAGGAGCUGACUGAUACUCAGUUCAUACCUGCACAUCCGUUAAUUCAUCUUCCACAUCAAGAACCGCUUUCUUUCCCUCCCUCACCACAAGGUCCUAAUACUUCCGCAGCAGAAACCACCAGCUUUUCAUCAUCUCUUUUCCCAACCAAUUCCCAGCCGGAGCAGCAGGCCAUGUACCUUGAGGAUUUUCAUGACUCGCUUGGGAGUUACAUAGAGGACGUGCCUACUUGUAACACUUGUGGGAAGACUUUUUCCUGUGCUUACACCCUGAGGAGACACGCCAUUGUGCAUACUAGGGAGCGACCUUAUGAGUGCAGUUACUGUUACCGCAGUUACACACAAUCUGGAGACUUGUACAGGCACAUCAGAAAGGCACACAAUCAGGGUUUAACAGUGAAACGCAGCAGAGCCGAGUCAGACCUUCCACCGUCACCACCUCCCCAGACAGAGCUCAAUCCUCAAUCGUGAAUUGAAAAAAAAAAAAAUGGUUUUGGUGUAAACUUAAUUAGGUAU